AUGGACGGGGGUAACCAGAGUGAAGACUCCGAAUUUCUGCUCUUGGGCCUCUCAGAGGUUCCCGAGCAGCAGCACACUCUGUUUUGGACAUUCCUGUCCAUGUAUCUGGUCACAGUGACAGGAAAUGUGCUCAUCAUCCUGGCCAUUGGCUCUGACCCUUGCCUGCACACCCCAAUGUACUUCUUCCUGGCCAAUCUCUCCUUCACCGACCUCUUCUUUGUCACCAACACAAUCCCCAAGAUGUUGAUGAACCUUCAGUCUCAGAACAAAGCCAUCUCCUAUGCAGGGUGCCUGACUCAGCUCUACUUUCUGGUCUCCUUGGUGGCCCUCGACAAUCUCAUCCUGGCUGUGAUGGCGUAUGACCGUUACGUGGCCAUCUGCCGCCCCCUCCACUACACAGCAGCCAUGAGCCCCAGGCUCUGUGUCUUGCUCCUCACUGGGUGUUGGGUCCUGUCUAUCUUCUACGGUCUUGUUCAUACUGCUCUCAUGACCAGAGUGACAUUCUGUGGGUCUCGCAAGAUCCACUACAUCUUCUGUGAGAUGUAUGUCCUGCUCAGGCUUGCCUGUUCCAACACUCACAUCAAUCACACAACGCUGAUUGCCACAGGCUGCCUCAUCUUCCUUGCUCCUUUUGGGCUUAUGAUCAUGUCCUAUAUCUGUAUUGUCAGAGCCAUUCUCAGAAUACCCUCAGCCUCACACAAGUACAAAGCUUUCUCCACUUGUGCCUCACAUUUGGCUGUGGUAUCCCUCUUCUAUGGGACACUUUGUAUGGUAUACCUGCAGCCCCUCCACACCUACUCCCUCAAGGAUUCAGUAGCCACAGUGAUGUAUGCCGUGGUGACUCCCAUGAUGAACCCUUUUAUCUACAGUCUCAGGAACAAGGACAUGCACAGAGCUCUGGGAAGACUCCUAAGGAAACCCUUUCAGAUGUAA